ACUUUGGCAUUUUUUAAACGUUUAAGUCCCCUACCAAGAAGUUGAGCAAAGUUAUAGUAAUUGGAGCAGGAAACUCAGGGUUAGGGGCUGCCCAACAACUACAGCGAUUCGGUAUGGAUGUCAUUGUGUUAGAAGCGCGCGAUCGGGUUGGCGGCCGUAUUGCUACUUUUCGCAAGAACAAUUAUAUUGCUGAUUUAGGCGCUAAGGUAACAGAUAUUUGGGGCAGUCCAAUUACUAUACUAAGCCAACAAAUUGGAAUGGAGAUGGUGCCGAUUAGGCAAGCAUGUCCGCUAUAUGGAGUUAGUGGAAAACAUGUGCCCAAGCAUAAGGACGAUAUGGUGGAACGUGAAUUCAAUCGACUUCUUGAUUCCGCCCGUUAUCUGUCUCACCAGCUAGACUUUAACUACGCCAGCGAUGAUCCUAUCUCAUUGGGCCGAGCACUUGAAUGGAUCAUUAAGGUGCAAGAGAAGGCGUCAAAGAAAAACACGUGCAACACUUGUUCUUGGUGUUUUAGCGGCUACUAAGCCCCGCUCGGGCCGUUCAUCCGUCAA